UGGGAAGUGGGAUGCGUUUGUGAGCUGUUCCCCCAGGACUGGACGCCUUAGUGAUUCAGCUCCAUUCUCAUUCCAUUCCCCACCCGCCAGGACCCCCAUGAAGCUCCCGGCCUUACUGAGCCUUCUGAUCCUGAUGCUGCAGGAAGCAGGGACAGCAUCUCUCUCAAAGGAGGAGAGGGGAGAAGAGCAGCCGUAUGGGGAAGGCGAUUCUUAUGCCAUUCUGCAUCUGGGGGACUAUGUCCUGAGCCUGGACAACUACGAAGAGGUCAUCGAUCCAAGCAACUAUGAUGAACUCACAGACUACGGGGACCAGCUCCCCCAGGUUAAAGGGACCAGCCUGGCUUCUCUCACCAGGACACGCUUUACUCAGAGCACAGAGGCUGCAAGGACACUCCCUUCAAACCCCACGACGGCCAGGCCUCCGACACUAGGCCUGCUGGCUGCCCCGGCCAACCACGGCCUGCCAACCUGUCUGAUCUGCGUGUGCCUCGGCUCCUCGGUGUACUGUGACGACGCGGACCUGGAGAACAUCCCUCCCCUUCCCCAGACGACUGCCUACUUAUAUGCUCGGUUCAACCGCAUCAGCCACAUUCGGGCCGGAGACUUCAAAGGGCUGACAAAACUGAAGAGGAUUGACCUCUCCGGCAAUUCCAUCUCCGCCAUCGAUGACAAGGCCCUCCGCCUGCUGCCUGCUCUGCGGGAUCUCAUCCUCCCUGAGAACCAGCUCGUGGCGCUGCCUGCGCUGCCCACCAGCAUCGAGGUCCUGGAUGUCCGCAUGAAUCGGCUCCAGAGCUCAGGGAUACAGCCUGAAGCCUUCAGGGCACUGGAGAAGCUGCAGUUCCUCUACCUGGCCGAUAACCUGCUGGACGCCAUCCCCCGGCCCCUGCCCCUGAGCCUGCGCUCACUGCACCUGCAGAAUAACAUGAUAGAGACCAUGCAGAGGGACGCCUUCUGUGACGCCGAGGAGCACAGAUACACCAGGAGGCAGCUGGAAGACAUCCGCCUGGACGGCAACCCCAUCAACCUGAGCCUCUUCCCCAGCGCGUACUUCUGCCUGCCUCGGCUCCCCACGGGCCGCUUUGUCUAAGUCUGCCGGCCCCCCGAACAGCAACCUUUCAUCCGGGCAUUAUUAGUCAGCCUCAAGAUCCAGCGGCAGAAACCCACUGUUCCCCCUGCCUCAACACACACACACACGUGCACACACGCGCACGCACAUAUGCACUCACGCACGCACAUGCAGCCGUGCACACACAUGCACACACGCACGCACACACACAGAGAAAUAUCCUCCAGGAGCCAGAUUUACAUUUCUCCAUCCUCUUUCCUUAACACCUUAUGGCUCCUGGAUCAAAGAAUAGAGAUGUCUGCAGCAAAGCUCUUUCCCAUAUUCCUGAUUCUUCCUACCCACACAGAAGGCCAAGCGAAUCAUGUAAGAAGCAGAGGAGGGACAGAAAGAGAAGAGGAAGGGGAAAAAGCAGUCGUGUGCUGGAGCUAGUUCUUACUACUAGGCUUGCAAGAACUGAUUAUUAAAUUUUCCAGAAUUUUUCAAGCCAGUUGUUAAAUGCAGUCAUUAUUAAAAACUAAAUCAUGUAA